AUGCUCUUCAGCAGACUCCCUGCUACCUCUGUCCUGGCGGGAAAUCUUGCUUCGCUCCGGGCCGCAACACUAAGAGAAACAGCAACGAUGAGCGCCAGCGAUUCUAAUCCGUAUGGCAUGAAAUGGCAUCGGUCCAUGCUCCGUUGCAAGGACCCAAUCGCAAGCGUCAAGUACUAUGAGGAGCGCUACGGAAUGAAACUGGUGGACGUCUACCACACACCCUCGCUCGGAAAAAGCAACUACUAUCUGGCCUCCCUCCGAGAUGGGGAGGCGUGGCCCGAGGCGGGCUCGGCAGAGGCCCAUGAGCGGUUGUUCGAUAUGCAACACUCUUGUGUUGAGCUCGAGCACGAGCAUGGCGCGGAGAGCGAUCCCGAUCUCGUGUACUCUAGCGGCAACGACGAGCCACAUCGAGGCUUUGGGCAUUUGGCUUUCCUCACCGCCGACGUCUACAAGGCGAGCGAAGAGCUUGAGAUGGCCGGGGUUUCCUUCAAGAAAAAGCCAGAUGAAGGUCGAAUGAAGGGGCUAGCUUUUGCGUAUGACCCAUCAGGCUACUGGGUAGAGCUAGUGAAGAGGAACGCGGAAGGUGGGCACCAGGAAAAAUUCAACCUGGGGCAGACAAUGCUCCGUGUGAAGGAUGCCGAGAAAUCGUUGGAGUUCUACACUGGAAAAGGCGGAAUGGGAAUGACCAAGGUCUGUGAGCUUCACUUCGACAGCUUCAGCUUGUACUUCCUCCAAUCGUUAUCCUCUGAGGAGAUUUCCUCGUUACCCGCACCCGACUCGCCGGACGCUUACUGCCGUAUGGGUCGAUCGUGGAAACCUGUGCUCGAGCUUACCCACAAUCACGGUACCGAGGGAGAUCCGACGUUUUCCUACCACAACGGAAACACCAACCCGAAGGGCUUUGGUUUUCUUGGUUUCAUUGUUGAUGAUCUUGAUGGAGCGUCGGAGUGCCUCAAACAGACAGGGGCUCAGGAGAUUGGAGAGCCUGCAAUUUUCGAGGGGAAAAUGCGUCGCUUCACGGACCCUGACGGGUAUCAUGUGCAGCUGGCGCUCCGAAAGACUAUUCUUGAAUGAAGUGCUUAGAGAUGGAGGGGGUUAUGCACUCAGGGUGAUGCUUUGCUUUUUUCAGCUGUACGCACGUUGAAUCCAUUGUUGGGGGUGUGUGUGGGCGUGCGUGCCAACUGACAUCU